AUGAGGCUGAGUGCCGUCCUCCCGCUGUGCGCCCUGCUCACGCUCACCCAGCAGCGCCCCUGUUUCACCUCUGGUUCCCCUCACCUGGGAUUUCAGGCAGAAUCCCCUGAACGGUGCACGUGCGAUGUGGUGAGCUCGGAGAAGGCCUUCCCUCACCAAAAGCUGGCCGCCCUGCAGAAGGACGCCUCCGGCUGCAACAGCAACGUCACCCCGGGCCAGGCCUUUGAGAUGGAGAGUCUUCUGCUGGGUUUGGAGCGGCGGCUGCCACAACUGGAGAAGGACGUGGGGAUGCUGGAAAAGGAGAACGACGGCGAGCUGUUCGGGGCCCUCAGCCUGCACGUCAUAGAGAACGAGCUUUUUGAGAUCGAGCAGCUGAUGGACAAGCUGAACGCCACCUCUCUGGCUGAUCAGGAGCUCGCUGAGCAGGCCACUCAGCAGCUGCAGGAUCUGAGGUCCGACAUGCAGGAUCUGGAGACCUUCGACACCAUGCAGGUGGUCAAGAGACAGCAAGCCAACCAGCGGCUGAAGAGGGACCUGGACCAGUGCAGGAGUGAGAUUCUCCCCCCUCCCAAACCCACCCAGCUGCCCAAGGCACCUUGUCCCCACGGUCAGUUCCGGAACAUCUCGGGGCCAAUGGUCUACACGGCGGGGGAGUACCCCGGCUCGUACAAGUUUGGCGCCUGGGGCCGGGACCCCAAACCAGAGCCCGGAAAAGAGAACUGGCACUGGAUGGUCAUCCUGACCGCCAGCAACGUAUUCUCCCACUACGUCCGUCAGUACUCCUCUCUGAGCUCUCUCAUUGUUGGAGUGAGCACCCCAGGAAAUGUUCAGAUCCACCCUACAAAUCCGACCACCAACACCAUCCAGGGUCCAAACGUGGUGAUGUACGGGGGGGCCUUGUACUACAACUGUUACAACAAAGACGCCGUUUGUCGAUUCAACCUCACCACCAAAGUCGUCACCUCCCAGCCACUACCGAAAGGAACCAGGUACAACUCAAAGGGGAACUUCUGCCGACUGGAUGAAUGUUACCCGUACACUGACAUGGACCUGGCUACAGAUGAGUCCGGCGUCUGGGUGAUCUACACCACCAACCAGGACUUUGGCAACCUGGUUCUGUCCAAGGUGGAGUUGGGUCAGCAGCCCACCAUCGGUCAAACCUGGCACACUUCAGUCUACAAGCAGAGUGCGACCAACACCUUCGUGGUCUGCGGCGUGCUCUACGCGACGCGCUACGUUGACGAGAAAACAGAAGAGAUCUUCUACUCUUUUGACACUGUGACGGGGAAGGAGAACUUCAACGUUGGCAUUUUCAUCAAUAAGAUGUCUCCCAACAUUCAGUCUCUGAACUACAGUCCAGUGGACCAGAUGCUGCACGCCUACAGCGACUCCAAAAUGGUCUCCUACAAAGUUUUGUUUCAGUAA